AAAAAUGAAUUGAAAAUAUGAAAGAUGACCAAAUUAUAAUACGCAAUAUGAUCUAUAUAAAAGAUUUGAUUAAUUCAGAUUUACAAAUAUUUGAGGUAAUUUAAUUAUUGUUUGUUAUGAACUCAGGUGAAAUAAUUUAAAAUAUGAUCGAUGAUACAUCUCUAUCAUCUGAAGAUGAAGAAUAAACUUCUAUGAUUAUCGAGAAUGAUCCAACUGGUCGUUUUAGUAAAGUAUUAAAAAUCAAUAUAUAAUAUAGUACAAUGAAGAGAUAGGUAAAGGUGCAUAUAAGAGUGUUUAUAGAGGUUAUGAUAAUGAAAGUGGAUGUGAAGUGGCUUGGAAUGUAUUUUAAUUGAUGAAUGUUUCUGAGAGUAUUUUAAAAUCUAGAUAAUUUGUAGAUGAGAUAAGAAGAGCCAAAUAAGAGAUAGCAAUAUUAAAAACGUUGAAACACAAAAAUAUUAUAAGUUUUAUCCAUUCAUGGCAUAGUAAAUCAAAAAAAGAAAUUGUUUUCAUCACAGAAAUUGUUAAUGGAGGUUCUUUGAAAAAGUAAGUUUAAAAGCAUAAUAAAUUAGUUACCUUAGGAGAAUAACAAGACCUAAGUUAAAAGUCAUUAGAUACUGGUGUAAACAGAUAUUGGAAGGUUUAGAAUACAUGCAUUAAUAAAACAUGAUCCAUAGAGAUUUGAAAUGUGAAAAUAUAUUGAUUGAUACCAAUAAUAAUGAGUUAAAAAUUGGUGAUCUUGGUUUAUCAAUAUAGUAAUCAUUAAAAAUUAAUUAAGAGAAUGUAAUCUAAUAAUACAAGUUCAGUAUUGGGAACUCCAGAAUUUAUGGCACCUGAAAUUUAUUAAGGAAAUUAUGACACAAAGGUUGAUAUUUAUGCUUUUGGAAUGUGUGUUCUAGAAAUAGUUACUGGAAUGAAACCUUUUUGUGAAUGUAAAGGUGGAACUGGUUAAGUCAUUAAAAAAGUUAUGGAAGCUCAAAAACCUUAAAGUUUAGAAAGUAUUAUGAAUGAGAAAAUAAAAUCCAUUAUUUUGGAGUAAUCAAACAAUUAUUAUAUUUAGAUGUCUUAAACCUGCUAAUGAAAGACCCACUGCCACUUAAUUAUUGCAUCAAUAUUUUUAAUCUACUAAUUUUGAUGAAGACAAUUAACCUGUUUAAUUAAAUGAAUCAUUACUUAAUUAGAUUUCACAUGAUAGCAAAAGUAUUGUGUCUUUUUAUAUUUAGAUCCAUCCUUUUUAAAAAAUAAUUAAUCUAAAAAUAUUAGUGAACUAAAAAGCAUUAAUAAUCAAAUUAAUCAUAACUUUAUUAACUAAAAUAAUAAACUUAUCUCAUUAUAGGAAUUCAACCCUAAUUCAAUGAAAUAAUCUGAUGUAAGACAUUGUGAAUAAUAAAAUAAGUUAACCAUUGAUACUGUUGAAGAUUUCUCAAUUGAAUAAUAAUUUGGCAAGCAAUAUAAGGAAUAUUAUGUAUUUCUAUUAGUUUACCAUUUAGAUUACUCAAAAUGAUGAAACCUUAUAAGACUUAGAAUAAAGACAAGAGAGAGAAUUACAAUUGUUACUUGCCCUCCAUAAAUAACAAAAAGCAGAUCUCUCUAAUAAACUAUAAUAAACCAAUAUAACAACCAUACCAUAUGGAUCUGGGUUUUUAUCUCCCAAAUCAUUCUCUACAUUAUUUGAAUUUAAUAAUGACUAAUUUCUAUAAUUACAAGGAAAUUAAUAACAAUAGUUACAUUAGUCAUAAGUUCUUAAAGUAUUUCCUAUUCUUGAUAAUACUAUUUCAGAGGAAAACGGGAAAAAACUUUACAGUAGAGAGGAUGAAUUGACAAUGAUUUAAUCAGUAAGAUUCAAUUUUAUAAAUUAGAAACAACCAUGUAAAUUUUCUACAGAAGUUGUAAUGUAAUCAAAAGUUUAAAAUGUCAGAACAACUAUUUAAGGUUGA